CCCCUACCUGAUAUCUUCACUGUUGUCACGUUUGCACCAUUUCGGAACUGCUACUGUUUAUCUACACAAUAUUUGUUCAAACCAUAUUUCAUUCAUUUCAUUUUCGUCUGUUUUUUUACUUCCUUUUAUUUAAUACACAAAUUUUCCGGAAGGGGGAAGCGACCAAUUAAACGGCUGCCAGUCAGUACACAAUGGGGGUGUCAGGCAACGGUUANCCUUAUCCCUGUGUUCUUGACAGACGGUUAUCUUGGAAGUCAUUGCGCAUUGCAUCACCGUGCCGUCUCUCACUUCCUUUCAUCCUCUGUAAACCAAUCCGUUGUCACGAAUUGUAUCUUUCCUAUACAGAAUAUCUCUCGUUCAUCCCCUCGUCCACUUUUUCUCCGCAUCUCAUCUCAACAGACUUUGGAGAACAACAUGUAUCGUGCACCAAUCUAUUCGCACACAAUGCCCGGCACAGAUUUUCUCCUCAUUCGUAACCGGAACGGGAUCAGUAUACGUCGUGUGCAAAAUGUGUUCACAGUCGGUCAGGAAGUACCUCUCAUGGAAGUCCCCGGACCGAAUUCGAAACGAGCGAACAAUUUUGUGCGUGAUUUUCUCCAAGUGUUCAUAUUGCGCUUGUUUUUGCGCAGCACGGACGAACCGAAACGGAUCAAGAUUGAGGAGAUUCGAAAAGCAUUCCCAAAUCACAGCGAGUCCAGUGUGCGCAAGCGAUUGAAAGUGUGCGCGGAUUUCCGACGUACCGGUACUUGGUGGGUUCUACGCAGUGAUUAUCGUCUGCCGUCCGAAGAGGAAUUACGUUUGAAAGAUGCCGGUUACGGAGAAAAGUCGAUUUUUGUCCUAGACGAAAAUCAAGAAGACGAGGAAGAGAAAGAGGGUCAGGUAAACGCUUUUCGUUUGAUUGUUAAUCGCUGCCAGCAUGUAUGGCACAUUCAUCAGGAACAGUGGAUGAUUCUCACCAUUGUCAACAGUGAACGAACUGUUUCGCGUUACACACGUGCUUUGUUCUGUAUAAUCCGACCUACCCCACCCCUCACCGCUCUCUACCUCAUUUCGGCUCUGAACUCGUGGAUUUAUAACACUAUCGACGAAAACCGGGCCAGUUUCCGUUUCACAUUGUGCAUCCAUAUCGACCACGUUUAG